CGGGGACUGACUACAGGCGAAAUCGACGGACGGGUGGGUAGAAGGAUGGCCGUCCCGAGGGGGGUGUCCAAAGCAAACGAAGAUCUGUGGAGCAAGUUCAUCCGUCUCGAGUCCAAGCACGGCGCGUACUACCAAGUCCAGUGCAAGGCCUGUGCGGAGCAUGCUCACAUGCACGGCACCGAGGCUGCCAUCCUGCAAGGACGUAUAGAACGCAUGAAAACCCACUUGACCAAGUGUCUGCACACCCUACCUGCUCAAUCGCUUGGGGACGACGACGUGAGACUCAAGCGAGUCAGGCAACAUGCAUCAAGCGAAGGAUUCGACGGACGAAGGGACUUUGACGAGAAACGGUUCAAGGGCACCGAUGGCGAGUACCGGUCCAUGCUGGUGUCAAAGCACAUUGACACAGAGCGCCUCCGCAAGCUGGAGGAAAACCGCGAACAACUUGAGCAGCAAUUGCUGCUGGAAAAGAUCAAGCGCGAGAAGAUCAACGCAAUAAAGGAGGAUCAACAAUGCAAAGUUGAGCUGCUGCUUUCGCGACAAACACUGCGGGAGAAGGGAGUGCCACAAGACGAGAUUGACCUCCUUCUGCCACUCACGCAUUCCCAGACCUCUGCGUCCACCUUUAUUUGAUAAAGUUAUUCCGUUCCUUCCAUGCA